AUGGAUCCAGUAAGACCCAGAUCGCGCGACGAGUUUAAAGUAGCUCUCAUAUGCGCACUUCCUCUCGAGGCCAAUUCAGUUCUGUCUCUUUUCGAUCAUCAUUGGGAUGAGGACGAUGGCAAUCCCCGCAUCGGAAAAGCCAGAGGCGACCCAAAUUCCUAUUCGAUAGGCAUCAUGUCCGGUCACCGCGUUGUCUUGGCCCAUCCUCCUGGCAUAGGAAUAAUAGCAGCUGGCACUAUCGCUGCCUUUUGUAAACUGAGCUUUACGAGUAUCAGAUUGGCCUUAGUUAUCGGCAUCUGCGGAGGCGCCCCUGUGAACAAUGGCAUUCAAAUCCAUCUUGGUGACGUGAUUAUCAGCACCGGCAUUGUGUCUUAUGACUUUGGUCGUCGAUUUUCGGACAGAUUUGAGAUGAAGGAUACGUCGAGCGAAGUCCCUGGCCGGCCCAAUCUCGAAAUCAGAGGCCUAUUAUCAAAAUUAGCAACUACGAGACAGACCGGAAGGCUCCGAAGUGCAAUCUAUAGCAUUCUCUACCAGUUACACCAAGGCUCAGACACAGCAUUGCAGUACCCAGGAACUUCGAAAGAUAUUCUCUUCCCAGCAAAUUAUCGACACAAACAUCAUGAGCCAUCGAAGUGUGCUAUUUGCGCUGUAUGUCGGGCUAAAUCAGACCCGGUAUGCGCUGCGGCCACUGUAUCGGACUGCCAUGAUCUGAAAUGCAAUACUCGAAAACAACUAUCAAGACCUCGCCUAACAGGGAGCCACCAGCUAUUUCCCUCUCCAAAUGUUCAUUUUGGGAUAUUUGCAUCUGGAAACUCUGUUAUAAAAUCUGGGGAAGAGCGGGAUAGGCUUAAUGAAGAUAAAAAUGCUAUAGGGUUUGAGAUGGAGAGUGCUGGUGUAUGGGAUAUAUUCCCUUGCAUUGUUAUCAAGGGUGUUUGUGACUAUGCGGAUAGUCAUAAGAACAAGGAAUGGCAAUAA